GGUGUGCAAUAAUUUAAUAUUGGCCAAAAGUACAUAGGUACAUAAUAGCUGUGCAAAGCUUUCGAAGUGCUUUGGAAAGCUACCACACUGAAAGUACCUGUGAAGAAUAUUUGAACAUGAGUAUAAGCUUGAAAGUAGACAGUAUUGCUAGUUGGUCUUUCUAUGUGUGUGCCUGCAUAUUUAGAAAAACACAGGCCAUAAGGUUAAAGUUGUGCCUGUUUUUGAUUGUUGUUCUGAGUGUGCUCCUGGUUCUCUUAAUGACAAAUAGUAUUGAAAAUAACAGCACAUACGAGUUCCCUGAAUAUGUUCUAUUGAAUGAAACGGAGGAUCAAUUAACUGUGAAUAUAACAGAAGAAGACAUACUGGACUCAGCUCCUGGUCUGUUGCUGCUUCUCAUUCACGCUAGUGGUAAGGAGGUGGGCAAAGAGAGAAGAGAUGCCAUCAGAGCCACCUGGGUGUCUGAAAUAGAUGCAAUUUCAGAAGAGCUAGGACAAGAAAUUUCCUACAAGUUUGUACUGGGUGGAUUCAAUGUAUCAGCAGUAGUUAUGCAGAAUCUGUCAAUUGAAAACAAGAUUUAUAAGGACAUGAUAUUUUUACAAAACGUUCCAGAUACACAUGCUUCAUUGAGUCUACGCACACUUCAAGGAUUCGAAUACUAUAGAAACACCUCGAUGAAUUACCAGUAUGUUAUGAAAUGUGAUGAUGACACUUUUGUCCAUUUAAAGACAGUAGCAAAGGAGCUGAAGGAAAUGAAUGGAGAAGGCAGACUCUACUGGGGAGAGUUCUUAGGAGCAAGUAAUGUGAUAACCGAAGGGAUUUAUGCUGAGUAUAAGUGGUAUCAAUGUGACUCCUAUGUUCCUUAUGCUUAUGGCGGAGGAUAUGUAUUAUCUAGUGACCUUGUGGAACUCCUUGCGAUAAAUGCACCUUAUCUAAGAGUGUACAAAAAUGAAGAUGUGUCAGUAGGAGCCUGGUUGGCUCCUUACAGCAUAAGUAACAGAUUUGAUGCUAGGUUCAAUGCUGGUUCCAUCAGCAGAGGCUGCAAGAGACAGUUUAUUGUGUCCCACAAAAUUUCACCUGAGAUGAUGUACUCGUAUUUUGCAAGUUUAACCCGCGAUGGUUACUUUUGCAGUCGGAAAAACAGGUGGUAUGGAAUGAGAGGACACACAUACAAUUGGAAAAGAAUACCGUCAAAAUGUUGUAGACACAGUAGAAGAAUUCCGUAGCUUGUUUAAUGUGUGUGUGUGUGUGCAUCUCAAUCAUUACAUCUUCAUAAAUUAUCAUUGGUUUAUACUAAUGAGAUAUUAAUUAUACAUGUACACAGAACCUUCAA